CAAAGGCUGAAGUUAUGUUUCUGUAAUUGAAAUCAAAGGCAGUUUUGUAAUCGUGACAUUUUAGCCUUUGGGAAGGUUCCAGUACUGCAACAGAGACCUAUUAUAGUAAUGCAAGGGUCCUAUAUUCGCAAAUGAACAGCAUCCAGGCAGGGCAGGAGAGAUUUAUAUUAGUGAAGGUGGCGUCAUGCAGGAUCAGUGUUUGAGUCCGCGCCAAAUGACGUCACUAUCCCAGGCCGACCCGCGGAGCAGUGUCGCUAGCCAUCAUUCAGCCAGUUGCCGUCAGUUUGUGUGUCAGUGAGCGACGGUGGUGACUCAGGGUUGUACUAUCCUAUUCCUGUCGCUUGCCUCGCCUUUUCAGAGUAUGAAACUCAUGUGUGAAUUAAGCAAUGUGACAAAAAUGAGGAAGAAACAAAUCCUGCUGCUGAAGAUUGGCGUGGUGGUGUGGGUCUGUGUGGUGUACGCCCUCUUCCUGCACAAACCAGCAACCACAACCUCUUCACAGAAGCCUCAUGACAUCAAUGGGCAGCUGGAUAAACUUGAAGAUGAGCUCAAUAAACAGUCACAAUUCUACAAUGUGCUGCUUAACAAGCUUCGAACAAUGCAGCAGCAGCAGCAGCAACAGCAGCAAAGUGUGGGAGGCGAGACAGGGCAGCAGGAGUCCCUGGUUGGAUCGCUGCUGUAUGAUGGGCCAGUAUUACCAGUGCUGCUGAUUGCCUGCAACAGAGAUUCAGCCGUGCGACGCUCCCUUGACCUUCUGCUCAAGCACCGGCCCAGUCAGGAGCGCUUCCCUAUCAUAGUAUCCCAGGACUGUGGGCACCGGCCAACCAGGGAGGUCAUCGAGUCAUAUGGAGAUAAAGUGACCUUAAUUCAGCACCCAGAUCUGACAGACAUCGAAGUGCCUCUGAAAGAGAGAAAGUUCAAAGGCUACUUCCUGAUUGCCCGUCACUACCGCUGGGCCCUCAACCAGGUGUUCCAGAAAUUUGAACAUGAGGCCGUCAUCAUCGUGGAAGAUGACUUGGAUAUUGCGCCAGACUUCUAUGAGUACUUCUCAGCAACGUAUCCCAUUUUACGUGCUGACCCAACUCUGUGGUGCGUCUCGGCAUGGAACGACAAUGGUAAGGCAGAUCUGGUGGAUGUGAAGAAUGGCACUGGGCUGCUGUACCGGACAGACUUCUUCCCAGGGCUGGGCUGGAUGCUGACCCGGGAGCUGUGGGAGGAGCUGGGCCCCAAGUGGCCACGCUCUUAUUGGGAUGACUGGGUGCGUGCCCCUGAGCAGCGGUCUGGCCGUGCUUGCAUCAGGCCAGAGAUCUCCAGAACACGCACUUUUGGUAAAAAGGGAGUGAGCAAUGGCUUGUUUUUUGAGAAGCAUUUAAAACAGAUUCACCUUAAUGCAGUCUACACAUCCUUUACAAAGAUGAACCUCACCUACUUGAUCAAGGACCUGUACGACCCAGUGUUUGACAAGCAGGUGCAGGACAGCCAGGUGGUGACCAUCAAUGAUGUGAAGGGCGACCGUCUUGCGAAGGGUGGCAGCUACCGUCUCAUCUACCACACCAAAGACAACUUUAAGAAGUUCACUAAGUAUCUGGGUCUCAUGGAUGACUUUAAAGCUGGUAUUCCAAGAACUGGCUACAAGGGGACCAUAACUUUUUUCUAUAGAGGCCUCAGAAUAUUCCUGUCUCCAGGCAACAACUGGAAAGGUUACAACCCUAGCUGGAGCUAACACCACUAGAUUAGUAGUUUUGAGGGAUAGCGUGGCUGCCCAUCUUGUAUUUAUACCGGUGUGAUGUGAAUAGUGUGGGACAUUAUUUUUUAGUUUGUUCUGGUGGUGGCUGGGGUGUAGCAGCCUUUAGGUUGAGGGUUAGGGUUUUGGUUAGCUUCAUCACAUAUCAGAUUUUCAUUGCAUGAAUAUCAUUCAUUUCAUAUUUUCAUGCAUCAUCAUCCCAUCUACCCACUUUCACAGUCAAAUAUAAGUUUUAAGUAAAUCUCCAUGCAGCUCCCUCCUCACUUUUUCAUUCCUGUCAUAUACUCUAUGCUUCCCAUUUAUUAUUUCUUGCUGUAAAGCAAUGGACCAAGAUCUUUUAUCAUAGCAGUGAACUAGAUUCUCAUCUAUUUAUAAUCAUAUGCAUGCAUUUGUGCGCACACACACACACACACAUUGUUUGCUAGUAUAUGGUUGUGGAGGUUCACAGUGUGUGGAGAAAAUACAAUAUUCUGCAGUGUUGGUGGUGUUCUUCUUAGCUGUUUAUGCUCAUUUUAGAUGCAUUUAUAAAUGCAGGACAGUUCCAAACAUUUCAACCAUAUUAAAUUGGAAAACAAGAAAGAUGCAUGGAGUCGGGGAGGGAACGAGCUCAGGACUCAAAAAGUAAAGCUGUUAAGACACAACCCCUUCAUUGCUAAAUGCUUGCAGUGAGCGGCAGCGUCAUUUGAUGGUGGUGGUAAAAACACUCGCUGCGACCUCCAAUCGCACUUAAAUUUCCCGCAUAUGAGCAUGUUCCAACAUAACUGAAUCUUAUGGAUCUGGGCCUCCUCUUUCCAGUGUUUUUUUUUUAAAUUUAUGUGAUGAAUAGUUUUUGAGAUACAGCAGCUGUGUCUCAUAUAUGGGACACUCACAGGGAAAGGGUUAAAGAAUAACAUUCCUAUAAUUCUAGUGUACCUGGAUCACAGGUCAGCUUGCCAGAUUCUUGGACCUUGGGGCAAGAAAGCAAAAUGUUUGAUAUCCAGGAGGAUUAUUGGUAUAUAUAGGUGUACCAUCUAGGGAGAUGUUUGGAACUGCCUUGUCCUUAAAUUCUCAAACCUUAAACACCUCAUCAUUUUGUUAUGUAUUGCAUUACUGAAUGUGGUGAUAAAUUAAGUUAUGAUUAGUGGCAGUGGGGCAUGGCAGAAAUUUCAGUGGUAGACAAAUUUCCAAUUUCUUAUAAAAGCAAAAGUCACUGAUGUUAUCCUGUCAGUGACUGACAAUUCAGUAUAUUUUGUAAUUGUUUGCAGUUUAUAAAACUGAGCAAUUCUGUCUAAUAUCUUUGUAAUUGUUUGCAGUUUAUACAACUGAGCAAUUCUGUCUAAUAUUUUUGUAAUAUA